AUGGCGCGCAAAAUCACAUCUGCGAACUACAAGGAUGCAGCCUCAACGCUCACCGAAUCGAAUGAGCACCUUCUCGAGCCUGGACUGUUUGCAGACGUUAAGGUCAAGUGUGGUGAUCGAACUUGGAAUCUACACCGGGCAAUCAUCUGCUUGCGCUGCCCCUAUUUCGAAAAAGCCUUCGUCCCCUCUGGCCUCACGGACAAAUAUCCCAUCACCUCCUGCCUUGAUCUACUGAAGGUUGCCGAUUUCUUUCAAGUCGACCUCCUGGUAGACGAGAUCGCCACCAUGAUGCGCUCCAGGGUCGAACAAUGGGCCGGAGUAGUACAACGUGCAGGGCUAUUGUAUCUUUACAACCCGUCGACGUAUCUUUCGGAUGCCCAAGUCGACGAGUUCUUUCAGAUUGUCCAAGUUGCCUACGACUCUUCCUACGCUGCCAUUCAGGAGCAGGUCAAGGCCUUCGUACCUAUGACAAGGUAUCAUGUUCUAAAGGAUGCGCGUUUUCUGGCAGCCUUGGAGGACAUCCCGGAUUUUGCCGUGGACGUGGUUAAACUACUGAUUGCGCCGAUUGCGGAGCCACGGCGGACUUCUAUGCCAACACCUGCCUUACAAGCAGUGAAUUUUGUGAUGGGACUAAAGGUCUUCACUACAAUGGUUAUCGUGUCCACGGUCAGUGCAAGGCCUGCGCUUCAUGGAAUGAUCUAA